AUGGCAGACCCGGACGAACCUGCCCGUGCCGCCAAAGCCUGGCCGCAAUGGCUUCAUUUCAACUCGCACGACCUCAAGACCCUCUUUCGUUGCUCGGCCGCCACCUGGAUCUUUGCUCUCCUCAUGUUCAUCCAUCCCACCCUGCGCACCAUCGGCCAGGCCACGUUCUUCGGAUGUCUGGUCCUCUUCAUCAACCCCCCCGCGGGCAUCGUCUCCAUCUUCCUGCUCAGUACGCUCACCCUGCUCAUCGGGCUCGGCCUCGCCUGGGGCUGGGGCGUCAUCACCAUGGAAGCCGCACUGGCAGCCCGACCCCAGGCUGAAACCAUGGCCCGGCUCCAGGCGCUCCAGGCGGAGAUCGCGCGCCAGGUCAACGCCACAGGCUCGAAUCCCGCCCUGGUGCAGCAGAAGCUGAUCUAUGAUGGCUUCAUGUUGGACGCCCGCGUCACCGCCGUGUACUUUGCCAUGAUCUGUGUUUUUAUCUAUUUCUUAGCUCGGCUGCGCGCGGCAAACCCCAAGUUCACCCUCGUCCAGAUCUUCGGCACCAUCAUCGCCGACCUAUUCCUGACCAUCGGCCCCGUCCUGCCCUCGUUCCAGGGCACGUUCCCGCGCGUGCUGAUCGAGCCCGCUGCCAUCGGCGCCGGGCUGGGUCUCGUCGCGUCACUGCUCUUCUUCCCGCACUCGACCUCGCAUGCCGUGCUGGCGGCCAUGCAGUCGCUCGUGGGGCUCGCGAAGCAGCCGCUGGAGUUCACGCGCGCCAGCUUCGCAGCCGCCGAGGCCGACCACGAGGAUCUGGCGCUGAAGGAUCUGGUCGCGGCCCGCACGCGCCUCAUCGCCGUGUACCGCGCCAUGGAGCCCGCCGUGGGGUUCCUGCCGGUGGACUUCUCGCGCGGCCGCUGGAGCGCCGAGGACGUGAAGACGCUGCGCCGGCCCGUGCGCCAGAUCCUGCUGAGUAGCUUGGGCUUGUUGGAUUUCCAUAUCGCGCGGGUGAGUGCGCAGGCGCGGCUGGAGCAGCUGCGGGCGGUCUCGGGCGCCGCCACACCGGUCGUUACAACCGAGGCGCAUGGGACGGAGAAGCGUGCGGCGGGGCUGCGGCAGAUCAUGGAGAGUCUGGACUUGGUCGAGGCGAUGGCCACCCCGGAGGCGGAGAGCCUGCGGUCGGGCACGGUGCAGGUGCUGCGCCAGUGCAGCGGAGAGAUCCUGCAGGCGUGCGAGGCCGUGGUCGCCGUCAGCGUGGAGUGCAUCCGCGGCGUCAAUUCGCGGCGGUGGGUGGGGUCGCGCGCGCCGGAUCCGCGGGAGCAGGCGCUCACGGCGCUGGAGACGUUGCGGAAAACCCGCACUGCCUUCGCGGCGCAGACGACCGAGAAGUUGAUCGAGCGGCACGGGGACGUCUUUGACGAGUCGGGCCAGCUCAAGCGCCUGGACACGCUGGGCGGCUCGUCGAUCCGCGGCGUCAUGGUCGGCCUGGCCUUCGAGGAGCACGUCCUCUCCGUCGCCGACGCGCUCGAGCAGCUCCUCGUCCAAGUCCUCGCCUUGCUCGACGCCCGUCCCCAGCCCCGGCUCUGGUUCCCGACCAGCAUCCACUACGCCGUGCGCUGGGUGCUGCGCCGCAACGCGCCCACGCCCGUGGCGGGCCCGUCGUCGGACACCGACCCGGACGACCCGGCGGCGACGCAGUCGGACGAGGCGCAGGAGCUGUUCCGCCGCAUCAGCCGGGGGUACCACGGUCGCCGGCGCCACCCGCUCGGCCGCGUGGUGCUGGGCACGUACCACUGGUUCAUCAGCGCCGAGGGCCUGUUCGCGCUGCGCAUGGUGAUCGUGAGCAUUGCGCUGGCCAUUCCGGCGGUGAUCCCGUCCAGCACCGGGUUCUACUAUCGCGAAAAGGGCCUCUGGGGACUCAUCAUGGCGCAGACCACGCUGCUGGUGUACAUGGCCGACUUCACCUUCUCGCUGAUCUCGCGGGCCAUCGGCACGGUGCUGGGCGGCCUGGUCGGUCUGGCGGCGUGGUACAUCGGCUCCGGACAUGGGCCGGGCAAUCCCUACGGGUUGGCGGCUAUUACGGCCCCCGUGGUAAUCCUCUUCAUGUGGGCGCGGCUGUUCCUGUCGCCGGCCCUGCUGCAGGCCACCGUCAUGAGCGCCGCGACCUUCUUCCUGAUCAUCGGCUACAGCUAUGACGAUGCGCUCCUCCCGCAAUACGGCAACCCGGGCAUCGGCUACCCGGUCUUCUGGCGCCGUCUCGUCCUCGUCUUCGUCGGAUUCGCCGCCGCCGUCGUCGUGCAGAUCUUCCCGCGCCCGCCCUCGGCCGCCCGCCACCUCUGCGUGUCGCUGUCCAACACCCUCCGCCGACUGACGGACCACUACGCGCUGCUGCUGUCCUGCUGGGCGCGCAACCCCGACGCGGGCACCAUGGCCGAGCAGCUCUCCAUCGAGGUGGCCGAGCGGCUCAGCAGCCUCGACGGGCCCGUCGCGCUGCUCCGCCUGGAGUUUUCCGGCUCGCGCUUCGACGCCGCCAGCCUGCGCCAGGUGCAGACGCUCUGCCAGGCGCUGAACCAGAAUCUGGGCCGGCUGCUGUUCCUCUCGGCGACCCUGCCCGCCGAGCUGCAGCGGCGACUGGCGCGCUCGCUCGGCGUGCUGGAGCCGCGCGCCGUGGCCGAGGUCAUGGCCGUGCUGGGCGUGGUGGCGCAGGCGCUCAAGACCGGCGAUGCGCUGCCGGAGGUGCUGCCGACGCCGUUGACGAAGCGCUGCUAUGAGCAUUGGCGCGCGGCGCAGGCCGACCUGGAGGUGCUGGGCACGGAGCUGGUGCGGGAUCAGGGCUAUCGACGGUUCUGUGUCGGGGUGAUGGCGUAUCUGAAGGUGCUGGUGGCGGUGGAUGAGCUGGUGAUGGUGGUGAAGGGGGUGUUGGGGGAGGGACAUAUUGUCCAGCGAGAGUUUGAUGUUUAA